GGCAAAAGUCACAUUGUAUGUAUCUAAAUCUGUGUAGUAUGGUGAGCUUGUCCAUCAUAUUCUAGGGUUCGCGUGAAGUCUGUAAUUUCAGUCCCAAAACCCUUCUAAUCCCCUCCCGUUUACAAGCUUGUUCUUUCGUCGAAGCCAUUAUUCCCACUCUUCCACUUCUUUCCCUAAACUCCUUUUACUGCCAGCCUCGUCUUACUCCAGAAACUCCCCUGCUUCUGUAGUCCCGUGUAAUUCGAACCCACUUCCCCAUCUCCGCAUUUCCCCUCUACAAGCUCAUCUUCAUUCAUCUAGGCAGUAAUGAGCAGCUGGAAGAGUCUUCUCCUCCGAAUUGGCGACAAGUCCCCGGAAUAUGGCACCUCCUCCGACUUCAAAGAUCACAUUGAAACUUGCUUUGCUGCGAUUCGGCGGGAGCUGGAUCACUAUGGAGAUGAAGUUUUGCCGUUCCUUCUGCAAUGUGUUGAACAAUUGCCUCAUAAGACUCCUCUGUACGGGACACUGAUUGGAUUACUGAAUUUGGAAAACGAAGACUUCGUGAAGAAAAUUGUGGAGAAAACUCACACAAGUUUUCAGGAUGCCUUAAACUCUGGACAUUGCCACAAGAUCCGGAUUUUGUUACGGUUUCUAACUGCAUUGAUGAGCAGUAAAGUUCUGCUGUCCACAUCUCUAGUUGUUGUUUUUGAAACAUUACUAUCUUCAGCUGCCACAACGGUGGAUGAUGAGAAGGGAAACCCUGCAUGGCAGGCACGUGCUGACUUUUACAUAACUUGCAUUCUUUCUUGUUUUCCCUGGGGAGGCGCUGAACUGGUUGAGCAAGUUCCUGAAGAGCUUGAGAGGGUUAUGGUUGGAGUAGAAGCUUACUUAAGCAUUCGAAGGCAUACCUUGGACACUGGCUUAUCCUUUUUUGAGGAUGAUGGUGAAGUUGAGAAAACUCUUAACGAGAAGGAUUUUUUAGAAGAUUUAUGGGGUCGUAUACAAAUGUUAUCUACCGAUGGAUGGAAAGUGGACAGUGUUCCAAGGCCUCACCUUCUAUUUGAAGCUCAACUAGUUGCUGGGAAGUCUCAUGAAUUUGGAACCAUCAACUGUCCGGAGCAACCUGAUCCACCUUCAACACUAUCUGGCAUCACUUAUGGUAAACAGAAGUAUGAUGCAGAGUUAAAUUAUCCUCAAAGGAUACGUCGACUUAAUAUAUUUCCAUCUAGUAAAUUUGAGGAUGUACAACCUAUUGAUCGCUUUGUCGUGGAGGAGUAUCUUUUAGACGUGCUUCUUUUCCUCAAUGGCUGUCGAAAGGAAUGUGCAUCUUUCAUGGUUGGCCUUCCUGUACCUUUUAGAUACGAGUAUCUUAUGGCAGAGACAAUUUUCUCGCAGCUACUCAUGCUACCACAACCGCCAUUCAAGCCUAUUUAUUAUACUCUGGUCAUUAUUGACCUUUGUAAGGCUCUUCCUGGGGCCUUUCCUGCAGUUGUAGCUGGUGCAGUUCGUGCCCUAUUUGAGAAAAUAGCUGAUUUAGACAUGGAAUGCCGCAUACGGUUGAUACUUUGGUUUUCACACCAUUUAUCGAACUUUCAAUUUAUAUGGCCAUGGGAAGAAUGGGCUUAUGUAUUAGAACUUCCAAAAUGGGCCCCACAAAGAGUGUUUGUGAAGGAGGUUCUGGAUCGAGAGGUCCGUCUAUCAUAUUGGGAUAAAGUAAAACAGAGCAUUGAGAAUGCACCUGGUUUAGAAGAGUUGCUACCUCCCAAGAGUGGACCAAGCUUCAAAUUUUCCACUGAAGAUGAUGGAGAAAAAAGUGAACAACAUGCACUGUCUGCUGAAUUAUACAAUUUGGUGAAAGGACGGGCUCCAGCACGUGAAAUAAUUUCCUGGCUGGAUGAAAGUGUAAUUCCGAAGCAUGGUUUGGAUGUUUCUCUCGUGGUGGUUGUGCAAACUCUUCUGGAUAUUGGGUCAAAGAGUUUCACUCAUUUGAUAACGGUCUUGGAGAGAUAUGGACAAGUUAUUUCAAGAAUAUGCCAUGAUGUGGAUAAGGAGAUCUUGGUUAUAUCUGAGGUGGGUUCUUACUGGAAGAAUAAUACUCAAAUGACGGCGAUAGCAAUUGACAGAAUGAUGGGUUAUAGGUUAAUUUCCAAUUUGUCCAUCGUUAAAUGGAUCUUUUCUUCAGAAAACAUUCAGCAAUAUCAUACAUCAGAUCGUCCAUGGGAGAUAUUAAGGAAUGUGUUGUGCAAGACGUAUAAUCGUAUUUCUGAUCUUAGAAAAGAAAUAUCCUCCCUGAAGAAAGAUAUUAUUGCAGCUGAAGAAGCUGUUGCUAGGACAGAGGAAGAAUUGAGUGCUGCUGAAUCAAAGCUGGCACUUGUGGAUGGUGAACCUGUUUUGGGAGAGAAUCCCGUGAGAUUGAAGCGAUUGAAAUCUUAUGCUGGAAGAGCAAAAGAGCAGGAGAUAUCGAUACGGGACUCUUUAGAAGCCAAAGAAGCUCUUCUUGCUCGAGCUCUCGAGGAGAAUGAGACAUUGUUUCUAUCUUUGUACAAAAGCUUUUCCAGUAUAUUGACAGAACGCCUUCCAGCUGCAUCUAGCGCACAAACUCUGCAGGAUUUGAAGUCUAUUAAUCCUGCUGAUGCGAAUGCAAUGGACGUUGAAGAACCAUCAGCCAUGGAGAUGGACAAUGAAGACUCAAGACCUGAAAAAAGUCAUUUGAACGGUAGAACAGAGCAUUCCUACACUGUAGGUGAAAAUGAACAAUGGUGUUUAACCACCUUGGGAUAUGUCAAGGCCUUCUCGAGGCAAUAUGCUUCAGAGAUAUGGCCACACAUUGAGAAGUUGGAUGCAGAAGUUUUAUUAUCAGAAGAUUCACACCCACUUUUCAGGAAAGCAGUCUACAGCGGCCUUCGUCGAUCAUUGGACUCGAUCUAAUGACGUAAUCAUAUUUGUUAUAGUAUUCAACAUUUUCUGUUUUUCCCCUCAAUCCUUCCUAUUUCUUUUUGUAGAUUAGAUGGAUAGAUCACUCGAUAAUGUUAUCUAACAUUUGUGUAAACGAAAAUACAUAUUAGGCUAGCCAAUCGAUGUAGAUACCGGUUUAAUUAUAGUUGUUAUUGAGUUACGUUCAUGGAGUCCUGUAUCAUAAUACCUAUAUCGUAAUCGCUCCUGUUUUGCAAUCA